GGUUCCUCGCUCCCUCAUUUCCUGGUUCGUGAUUUCUGCCCGCGGCGCCGCUGCCAGGUGCCCCAAAUCCCGGAAUUCCUGCCCGGGAAGGCUCCGGAUCCCCGCCCCGAUCCCCCUGCCCGGCCCCGCUGGAGCUCGGGGUCACCCCGGGGCCCUUCUGGAGGUGUUGCCACCUCCCUGCCCAGACCGGAUUUGUCACCGAGGGGUCAAUCCCGGCUCCAAAUCCCGGGAUGGAGCCACUGGCCCCCGUCACCCUCCUGGCCCUGCUGGUGCUGGCACUGGGACACCCCGACCCCGCGCUGGACCGGCACUGGGAGCUCUGGAAAAAAUCCUACGGGAAGGAAUAUCAGCCCCAGGAGGAUUCUCUCCGCCGCCUGACGUGGGAGAAGAACCUGUGGCUGGUGACACUGCACAACCUGGAGCACUCGCUGGGGCUCCGCUCCUACACGCUGCGCAUGAACCACCUGGGGGACAUGACCAGCGAGGAGGUGGCGGCUUCGCUGACGAGGCUCCAGACCCGUCCUCGUCCCCGCCGGAAUUCUGCAUUCCCAGCCCAAUUCCGGCCGGUCGGGGACAUCCCAGAGGCGCUGGACUGGCGGGACAAGGGCUGCGUGACCGAGGUGAAGAACCAGGGCGCCUGCGGAUCCUGCUGGGCCUUCAGCGCCGUGGGAGCGCUGGAAGCGCAGGUGAAGCUGAAAACCGGGAAUUUGGUGUCCCUGAGCGCCCAGAACUUGGUGGAUUGCUCCGGGAUGUACGGGAACAAGGGCUGUGCCGGGGGGUUCAUGACGGAGGCGUUCCAGUACAUCAUCGACAACGGCGGCAUCGAGUCCGAGGAGUCCUACCCCUACACGGCUCAGAACGGGACGUGCCACUACAACGCCUCGGCCCGCGCCGCCUCCUGCUCCCGGUUCCUGGAGCUGCCCGAGGGCGACGAGGCCGCGCUCCGGGACGCCGUGGCCACCGUGGGCCCCGUGGCCGUGGCCAUCGACGCCACCCGGCCCAGCUUCUUCCUGUACCACUCCGGGGUGUUCGACGACCCCCAGUGCUCGCAGGAGGUGAACCACGGGGUGCUGGUGGUGGGAUACGGCUCCCUGGAAAAUAAGGAAUACUGGCUGGUGAAGAACAGCUGGGGCGUGCACUUCGGAGACGCGGGGUACAUCCGCACGGCCCGCAACGCCUCCAACCUCUGCGGCAUCGCCAGCUACGCCUCCUACCCGCUGAUCUAGCCACAAACACCGUCCCCAGCCCCGGAUUUCCAUGGAUCCCCUCCCAGCAGGGAUCCCUCCUCCUCCGGCACCGCUCCCCAGCGCCGUGGGCCGGUCGGAUCCGUGGGCUGGGAGGGAUCCUGGCCCUGGGAAGGGGGAAUGCCGCUGACAGGCAUCCAGGGGAUGCUUUUUGGGGAGGGGAAAUUUGGGGGUUUGGGAGUAGAAUGGCGAUUCCUGCAGGGAUUGGACAUAGGGAUCAGGUACUGGGAUCGCAGGGAUCGUUGGGAUCAGGUACUGGGAUCGCAGGGAUCACAGGGAUUGGAUACUGGGAUCACUGGGGACCGCCAGGAUCAUUGGGAUCAGGUGCCAGGACCACAGGGAUCAUUGGGAUUUGGUACCAGGAUCACAGGGAUCAUUGGGAUCACAGGGGUCACUGGGAACAUUUAGAUUGGGUACUGGGAUCACUGGGAUCGCUGGGAUCAUUGGGAUCACAGGGACCACAGGGAUCAUUUGGAUCAGGUACUGGGAUUACUGGGGUCACUGGGAUCAUUGGGAUCAUUGGGAUCACAGGGACCACAGGAAUCAUUGGGAUCAGGUACUGGGAUCACUGGGAUCACUGGGAUCAUUGAGAUCAUUGGGAUCAGGUACUAGGAUCAUUGGGAUCGGGUACUGGGAUCACUGGGAUCAUUUGGAUCAUUGGGAUCACCGGGACCACAGGAAUCAUUGGGAUCAGGUACUGGGAUCAUUUGGAUCAGGUACUGGGAUCACUGGGAUCAGGUACUGGGAUCAUUGGGAUCAUUGGGAUCACAGGGACCACAGGAAUCACUGGGAUCAGGUACUGGGAUCAUUGGGAUUGGGUACUGGGAUCACUGGGAUCGUGGUUUCCUCCCUCCGGAGCCGCUGCGAUGCCGGACAUGGAUUUCCCUCCGUGUGACGCUGCGGGAAUUGCGGAUAUUCCACGGCAAAUAAAAAUUGCAUUUUGCUGCCUCCAAA